AUGUCCAACAUCACGCCCUUCAGUAUCAAUAUCCCUGAUGAGAAAGUACAGCGAUUGAAGCAGAAAUUAUGUGCGAUCGACUUUCCCGAUGAAAUCAUGGGAGCAGAAGAUCCAUGGGCCCGCGGCGUGCCAUUGAGCGAAAUCAAACGCCUCACAACGUACUGGGCCGGAACCUUCGAUUGGAGAGAAGCUGAGUCAAAGCUGAACCAACUCCCACAAUUCGUUGCCGAGAUCGACGUGGAUAACUUUGGGAAGUACAAUAUCCACCAUGUCCAUCAGAGAAACGACGUCGAGCAGGCCAUUCCGCUUUUGUUUCUCCACAGCUGGCCAGGCGGCUUCUUUGAGGUCUCAAAGGUAUUGCCCUACCUGGACGGCGGCGGAGAUAAGUCUGCUUUUCAUGUCGUCGCGCCAAGCCUGGUUGACUUCGGAUUUUCCUCAGGAAGCAGGAAGGACGGGUUCGCCAUCGACCAACAUGCCGAAGUAUGCCACAAGCUUAUGUUGUCUCUUGGAUAUACUGAAUACGUGGUACAAGGCGGAGAUCUCGGCGGCCUCACAGCACGAUUCAUUGCUCUCAAAUACGGCCGAAAGCACUGUAAAGCGACUCAUACGAACAACGCCCUGCCAGCGGAGCCUACAGAAGCCAAACAUCCCCAGCUCCAUGCACGAUUACAGUCCACGCCCCUCACUCCUCUUGAGCUCAAUGGCCUCGCGCGGACCGCAAAUUACUUCUCAAAGGCGUCAGGUUAUUACCAGAUUGCUUCAACGCGACCGCAAACUCUUGGAUACGCCCUUGCAGACAGUCCUGUCGCCCUACUAGCGUGGAUAUACGAAAAGCUACACGAUUGGGUAGACCCAAAGUAUAAAUGGUCCGAUGAUGAGAUCUGCACCUGGGUGAGCAUCUACUGGUUCUCUACACCUGGUCCAGCUGCUUCCAGUCGCGCAUUCUACGAGUUCGAGCACCGGAAACCAGAGGGCGCUUUCCCAGCUUCCCAAGCCUACAUUGAUGUCCCGCUCGGCGUGGCGCGUUUCGCGAACGAUACGGUUCUGCUGCCGCCUCUAUGGAAUCAGACGCUCGGUCCUGUGGUUUACGAGAGUGAGUAUGAUGUAGGAGGUCAUUUCGCGGCUUGGGAACGCCCAGAUGCCAUUGCGGAAGACCUGAAGGCUAUGUUUGUCAGAGGUGGGCCCGCUUUUGCGUGCGUGGAGGGGAAGAGCGGAUACAAAGAGUGA